AGAUUAUUCAAAAGACAUGGGAUUCCUGGCCCUACCCCCAUUCCAUUUAUUGGAACUUUCCUUGGAAACAGAAAUGGCAUUAUGGAAUUUGACAUGGAGUGCUUCAAGAAAUAUGGAAAUGUUUGGGGGUUACUGAAUUUUCUGAGUGCCUGGGGGAGCCAUUACCGGGGAAAGUCUAAGCGUCUCAGUAAGUUCCUGAGUGCCUAGUUCCGGGUUUGGACCCCACGAAGCAUCUCAGUAGCUUCUACAAUAUCAUCAUAAAUCUUUCUCUUAUUACAGUUUGAGUGAGGCAAGAAAUGUGUGCAACGUUCCUUGCAUGUAAAUGAUGUAUAUGGUUCAGUAAGCAAGUAAGUUCCUGAGAGUCUGAAAUACUGAAACUGAGUGGGCCAAACAGAGAAGGCCAUUGUGAAAAGGCAGAUAAGAAGUGAGGACUGAAGGCUUUUGUGGAAUGAGAGGUAGAAGAUGAGUUUUAGGAAAGAAGAGACUAGAGCAAUAAUUUGGCAAUUUAAAUGGGAUAAAUGUUCAAGGGCAUCAGAAAGCAAAGAAACCUGGCACAGCAGAGGGCACUGAACACACGGGACAAAUGGAUGAAGGCAGAGACGGAAAAUAACAUAUAGUUUGAUUUUUAAAAGAGUAAAUCAAUUCCUUAAGUUUACAUCAGACUUGUUUCAAGACAUUAUCCUAAAUGUCCUUUGUGCUAAUGUAUUCCGCACUGUAUCAUCUUCUAGAGUUCAUGGGAGUUUUGAUUAGCGGACUAUCUUUCUGGUCUCUUUCUUCAGGUUUUAUGAUGGGCCUAAGCCUUUACUUGCUAUAGUGGAUCCUGUGAUAAUUAAAAACAUCAUGAUCAAGGAAUGCUACACCAAUUUCACCAAUAGAAGGGAUUUUGGUUUAAGCGGGCCCUUGAAGUCUUCUGUCCUUAUUUCCAAAGAUGAGCAGUGGAAAAGGAUCCGCACAGUGCUUUCACCUACUUUUACCAGUGGAAAAUUAAAACAGAUGUUCCCUGUAAUGAAACACUAUGGAGAGCUUUUGGUGAAGAAUAUCCAAAAGAAAAUAGAUAACAAGGAGCCUCUAGACAUGAAGUAUAUUUUUGGAAGUUACAGCAUGGACACGAUCCUAAGCACAUCAUUCAGCGUCAAUGUGGAUUCCAUGAAUAACCCCAACGAUCCAUUUGUCACCAACGCCAGGAAUCUCUUCACAUUCUCUUUCUUCAAUCCCCUGUUUCUGCUUACAAUUUUAUGUCCCUUCCUUGUUCCUGUUUUGGACAAAAUGAACUUUUGUUUUCUCUCUUUGAAAAUCCUAAACUUUUUCAAAGACGCAGUCGCAAGCAUCAAGAAAAAAAGGCAAAAGGAUAUUCAUGAGGAUAGAGUGGAUUUCCUUCAGCUUAUGGUUGAUGCACAAAACAAUGAAGGCGAUUCAGUACCAGAAGGAGAAAAACAGAGAUAUAAAGAGUUGUCAGAUGAUGAGAUUCUCGCACAAUCACUUAUCUUCAUAAUGGCUGGAUAUGAAACUACAAGCACAACCCUCAUGUUUCUGGCAUAUAACAUAGCAAUGCAUCCGGAUGUACAGAGCAGACUUGAAGAAGAGAUUGAUACUUUAUUGCCUAACAAGGCACCACCAACCUAUGAAGCACUUAUGAAAAUGGAAUAUAUGGAUAUGGUGAUUAAUGAGACCAUGAGAUUGUUCCCGUCUGCUAUACGAAUUGACAGAGUAUGUAAGAAAACAAUGGAGAUUAAUGGAGUAACAAUCCCAGCUGGAGUUGUCAUUGUGGUGCCAUUAUUUGUUUUGCACCUCAAUCCCGAGGUCUGGCCAGAACCAGAAAAAUUCCAACCAGAAAGAUUUAGUAAAGAGAAUCAAAAGAACCAGGACCCCUACAGCUUUCUGCCUUUUGGAACUGGUCCCAGAAACUGCAUUGGAAUGAGAUUUGCCUUAGUAAAUAUGAAACUGGCCCUCACCCUCUUGUUGCAGAAUUUCAGAUUUGAGAAAUGCGAAGACACCCCAGAUCCACUGAACAUUUGUACCAAGGGAUACCUGAAGCCCACGAAACCUAUUAUUCUGAAACUCGUUCCUAAAACUGCGCAAACAAUGAAAGAAUAGAGACCGGAAAACCCAGAUCUUACUCUUUUUAGAUGUAAUGGUUGAAAAAAAAAGUGUAAAUAUGGAUCACAUCUCUUUUUUUGCUUAUAUUUUUGGAAAAAUGCUCAAAAUAAAGCAGCAGUGAUGAUGAAA